AUGGUACAGCAUCCCGAAGUUCUUUGGGCUCAGAGGAGCUCUGACUCUGACGACGAAAAGAAUAUCCUCUUCCUCACCGUCAAUCUCCCCGACAUCAACGAGUCCUCCCUCGUCUAUGAACUCACUCCAACCUCCAUCUCCUUCAAGGCAAACACAGGAUCUCAGGAGAAGAAGGAGUAUGCCUUUGAUCUCGACUUUUACCGCGAGGUCGUUCCAGAGAAAUCAACAAAAAAACUAAAUUCUCGUUCCUUCAACCUUGUCAUUCGCAAAAAGGACAAGCAAUCCGAAUACUGGCCCCGUCUCACAAAGGAAAAGGUCAAGAAUGCCUUUUUGAAGACAGACUUUAGCAAAUGGGUCGAUGAAGACGAGCAAGGUGACGCCCCAGACGAUAUCCCUGAUGACAUGGAUCCCAUGGGCAUGGGAGGUAUGGGUGGUAUGGGCGGCAUGGGUGGAAUGGAUUUUGAAAAGAUGAUGGCACAGAUGGGUGCAGGCGGCGGUGGAAUGCCUGACUUUGGUGGCGCAGGAACGUCCGGCUCAGCUGCUGACGACCACGACGACGACGACUCGGAUGACGAUGGUCCCCCUCCUCUCGAAGACGCCGAGCCCUCCAAAUAG